AUGACAGUGGAGGACGAGUGUGAGGAUGGGCUCAUAAUAUACAUUAUCAUAGUCCUUGCGUACUCGAAAGAUCCAAGACUGGGUAGCAAAAAUAGCACGAUGAUGUUGCUGCUGAUAUUGGCAGUCUUUCUGCAUAUAGAAGAUGCGGCCACCGCCACCUGCAAACUCAAUGCAGCCGUGAUCGAGGCUGUCACAAACUCUCACAAUGAGCUCAGAGCAAACGUUGCCAAGCGCAACCUGAGCACUGCAAUUUUUGGAGACAUACCAGGAUAA